GACUGCAGUGCCAGUUUGGCCGGGGGACAGUGUUGUAGACGACCCAGGGAUUAAAGAAAACAUUACAUUAAUACAGAGAGCACUGGCUAAUCAGCACAUUGACGGGAGUGGCAAAAGUGGAAUGCGACGGUCGAAGACAAGUCUGCUUCUGCGCUAGUCUGGAAGAUUAGACGGCAUCUCCUCCUCCUCCGUCUUUUUCUUUCUUCAUCUCCGUCUCUGGUAUCGGUGUCUCAAUGGCGUACGCUGCUUACUGGACUAAGACGUCUCAGUCUAAACAGUCCACUUCCACCCCGUCAGUGCCGGCCUCCACUGCGAGACCUGCACAAUAUGAGGAAGGGGCUGUAUCAGCAUCAGCAUCAGCAUCAUCAGCUGCAAGGGGGGCUACACAGCCUGCAGCCUCUACCACUACUGGUAUCCGUUCUACAUCUACUGCAGCUGCAAGCUCAGUGACCAAUGUAGGGCCUUCAACAGGACCUAGAUUCGGUGGAGGAGUUAUCACCACUCCCAGAUCACAGCAGGAAGGGGUUGCAUCAGCAUCAUCAGCUGCAAGGGGGGCUACACAGCCUGCAGCCUCUACCACUACUGGUAUCCGUUCUACAUCUACUGCAGCUGCAAGCUCAGUGACCAAUGUAGGGCCUUCAACAGGACCUAGAUUCGGUGGAGGAGUUAUCACCACUCCCGGAUCACAGCAGGCCCCACCCGUGACUCCUGCCAAAGCUCCACCUGUGAGCACUGGAACAACGGGUGCAGUAGGUGGAGCAGGAAAACCUUCUACAGAACUGGUUAAACCCACAGAUACUUCUAAAGUCCAGAGCACCGCAGUUUCAUCGUCCAAACCAGAACCUUCUAAGGUGACCUCGACAGUAACAAAGCCCACUGCCACCACUGUCGUUUCUGGAACCACUAGCCAAAAGGAUGAUGUUAAGGUGAAGUUGGAGCUUUCUGCGAAGACCAGCACUACGGCUGUAGAUCCAUUUGAUGCCUUGUCUGGCACCUUGCCAUCCUCAAAGCCUUCCACAAGCCCUCAGUUUACUGGUCCUGAAGUGAAAGAGCCUCACCUAACCUCAGAUGUGGCUCAGCGUUGUGGAGAAAGAGAUGAUACCCUGCCUCCUGGAUACAGACUGAAAGACAUGGAAAAGAAGAUGCCUGCUGGACAACCUGAGAAGCCCAAGGAAGUUUCCAAGCCUCUAACAGUGGAUGAGGCUGUGGACUCUCUCUCUGCUGGAUUUGUAUCAUCUCCACCACCCGGAGCAUCCAAACCACAAGUGAAACACGAAACUGUGGCUGCUGCCGACACCCGUAAAAACUACGCCCCUCCUCCGACUGCUCAAAAAAAACAAGACGUUUCAGUGCCGUCAAGUCUGUCUCCUGCUCCACCUGCUGACAAGAAACCAAAGAUAGAGAAACCCGCUGCGAGUGCAGCAGCUCAGGACGUCAAACCGAAGACUGAGGAAAAAAAGGUUUCUGCAGAUAAACUGAAGCAAGGCCCUAAGGCAGAUCCCACGUUUCUAGACCCUUUUGACGCUCUAAGCGGCACUUUACCUGAAGCAAAACCAGUUCCCGAGUCCCCAAAACUCAGACCUGAGGAAAUUGUCGAUGAGAAGAAGGCGAAAUCAGAGAAAGGUGUGCUUGUGGGUGAGAGAGAUGACACGCUGCCGCCCGAAUACAGGCACUUGCUGGAGAAAGACGUCAAGCAGCCUCCUCCACCACAACAGCCCUCCAUGGGAACGACUGAGGCUCUGGAUAUCUUGUCUGGAGAUUUCACUGACGCCAGUGUAGCACCUUCUGUCCACAGCCCUGCUCCUCCUAAAGCCCAAGCCAAGCAGCCUAAAGUGGAGGAUCUUUCAGCUUUAGAAGCCCUGUCAGGUGAUUUUGUGGCUCCUUCCAAAGGCAAACAGGUCUGUUCUGGUGCACCUUCUGUCCCAACAUCAGCUACUAAAUGCACACCAUCCGAAUCUGAACAGAUUGACCCCAUGGCUCUGGAUGCUCUGGACAUUCUGGGAGACACGUUACCUAAAGCAAAACCCGUUCCCGAGUCCCCGAAACUGCGACCUGAGGAUAUAGUCGAUGAGGAUAAGCUAAAAGCAGAGAAAGGUGUGCGUGUGGGUGAGAGAGACGACACACUCCCUCCAGAGUACAGAUUCCCUAAGACAGACCCCAAAACACAGCCUCCACCACCAAAGAAAGAGCCAUCCCUGGACCCUAAUGAUGCUCUGGAUAUCCUUUCUGGAGAUUUCACCAGUCCAGCAGCGGCUCCUGUAGUCCAGGCCUGUCUUCCUCCUUCGGCUCCUCCAGCAGGAAGCUCAACAGACUUUGAUCUUGAGGAACUUGCCGGUGAUUUUGUGGCUCCCACAAGUGCAUCUAAAGUCUGUUCUUCUGCUGCUGCCACUGGCGAACAGGCAGACUCCAUGUCUCUGGAUGCUCUCGACGCCCUGGGAGGCACACUUCCUGAAGCAAAACCGGUUCCUAUGUCCCCGAUACUCAGACCUGAGGAAAUCGUUCAUGAGGAUAAGCUAAAAGCAGAGAAAGGUGUGCGUGUGGGUGAGAGAGACGACACACUCCCUCCAGAGUACAGAUUCCCUAAGACAGACCCCAAAACACAGCCUCCACCACCAAAGAAAGAGCCAUCCCUGGAUCCUAAUGAAGCUCUGGAUAUGCUUUCUGGAGAUUUCACCAGCUCAGCAGCGCCUCCUGUAGUCCAGGCCUGUCUUCCUCCUUCGGCUCCUCCAGCAACAAGCUCAGGAGACUUUGACCUCGAGGAUCUUGAUUUCGUGGCUCCCACGAGCGCGUCUAAAGUCUGUUCUGCUUCUUCAGCUCCCACUACUACAGACAGACAGCUGUCAGAAGGCAGCUCAUCAGCCAUGGACGCUCUCUCAGACACUCUGAAGGACAUUCGUCCGGCACCUGAGCCAGCACCAGUGUCUCCUAAAGAUAUCGUUAAGGAGAAGGAGGCGGUGGAGGAGAGGGUGAGCAAACCUGGUGAGAGAGACGACUCACUUCCUCCUGAGUAUCGGCCCACAGAAGCAGAUAAGAAGGCUGCAGCAGAAGCCAAAGCCAAAGCAGCAGCUAAGAAGCCCUCAAUCGAUGAAGACAAAGCCCUUGAUGCUCUGUCCAGUGACUUUGUUUCUGGUGUACCUGAGACUCCACCUGCACUUCAGUGUCGGGCUCCUCCUGUAAACACCUCCUCCAGCAAGACGGGAUCAGGUCCAGUAAUGGACCAACUGGCAGCUUCGCUGCUACCAGAAGGUUUCCCUACCAAGAAACAAAGCGACAGCAAACCGAAGGGUAAGGGUAGAAAGUCAAAAUCUUCAUCAAAGAAAAGCGCAGCCGCUGAUGCCCCAGCCAUGGAACCCCCCCCCGCCGCGCCAAGCAAGGAUGUAGUGCCCUCGUCCACUACAAAGAAAGGCGGGAAGAGCUAGACGUCACACACUAGUGGCUGCCAACACGAAGCGAUAAAGAGACGCCAAUCCAAGAAGCUGCUCGAAAGAAUACCUACAUAUUAUGUGUUGUAAUGGUAGAAAGGUGUACAGAACUUUAAUUGCAUAAAUACACAUCCGACACAGAAAACACCAGCAUUAAAUGUAAAAUUGCAGAACUGAUCCUGGCUCAGCGCAUGCAUGAUGAUGAUGAUGAUUAUUAUAAGAAAAAAGCAGAAACUACUCCCAGAUAACCCCCAGCAUGAAUCCGUGAGCACAAUGCUGAUUUGGAUUUAAAGCAAAUGGGCAAUUAAUUUUUCCUUUUCGGGUCGAUGGAAGGACGUUGAUGUGCCUUAUUUGCUGUUACAGUUCAACAUCUCUUUAAAGAAUUAGGUAUAGUGUAAUGCAUGAUAUAUAUUUUUUUUUAUUUUAUUUUUUCCAUUUGGGGGAAUUUCUUUAUAGUAAUGUGUUAUAUUGCCACUCACUUAUAGACACUAGUGUACAGCACUUCCACUUUGGUUUACUAGUUUACAGUAUAGAGGAAAGGAGUGUAGAGUACGUAUGAUGGCUGUUGUAUUUCUGUGAUUAUAUAUAUUAUUUUGAAAUGAUGCUCGUGCGAAAGGGCUUUCCUGUGUAUAUGUCUCUAGCCAGGUUGGUUGUCUCGUUUUUUUUUUGUUUGGUUUUUAUUUUUCACUUAGAUCCAAAGCAUACAUAAAGCAGGAGGUCUGAAAGCGAUUACCGGCAAGCAUCACAAGACGUAACCUUCCUUUAAGUGCUAUGUGAAGCUGUUCUGUGGUUCAGCGUAUGAUUCAUACGAUGUAACGCCACUCGAACCUGUCCUGUAGAUGCACUACUGCUUGAGUAGGAUGUGGCAGACCAAGUAUGAAUUUUUGUUUCGUUUAUUCUCAUCUUCAUCCAAACUAACAGCGCUUGCACUAGUACCGUAGUGUGUGCUACAUUCACAUGACCAUAAGGCACCCUUUCUCCUUUUUAUUUUUUAUUUUUUAAAUAAACAUACAGCUUUAGUCUUGAUAAGUCUACUAUAACCGUGCGCUCUUGUUUUAGUUUUGGUUCACUGUGUCUUCCUGUUGUGGUGAUCUCACAAUACUGUGCCUUCCUGCUGAAGUGCAAUCUCAUUUUUAACCCAGGGACAGAGAUAUGGAGGAGGGAUUUUUUGUUUUUUUGUUUUUCUGGAUAAGUAAUAAAAAAAAAAAAAAGAGAUAAAAUUUUCAA